UGUCCAACAAAUGGCAGGUGAGUUGUACAACUAGGUAAAUGACAAUGUACACUUCAACUACUAAACCGAACUCUGACCAUAAAACACAGGCUCCGAUCACAAUCCCAACAGGCACAGAGACAGGGCCCACCCUCUUCACCACCGUAGAUACCAUUCAUGUCAGUAUCCUCUUCCUUCCCCCCGAAGAAAUUGUUAUUGCUCUUUAAUUUAAGGAUUUCUCAUUCUGUGGUCUUCUUCAUCUACAGUUUCUUAAAUUAAAACUGGUGCAGGCCAAUACCGUUGUGUAUUAUUAUUGUGCACAACACACACACUCACACACACAAAAACACUCUGUUUCCCUUAUUACAAUUCAUCAAAACCCCAUAUCCCUUGUUGUGAAGCUAUAAUUACCUGUUCCUUUAUCAUGGCUGUUGAGUUACAUGCUUGGGACACUUGGCUUCCUUCUAAGUUUCUCCCCAACGAGGACGUCGAUGAUAUUGUCUCAGAGACACAAGAUAACGACAACAACAACAACAACAACAGUUCAGCUUUAAAGCCACCAGUUCAGGGGAACGACAAGGAGGACGAUUUCAUCGACGAGUUAACUCACCGUAUGGCUCACUUCAUGCUUCAAGAUGACGACACAUUCGAUUUCUCAGACAUUAUCUCUCAGACUCACAACUUGGAAUUGUCCUGGGACUUAAUCGGUUCACCCCAGUCAACUGACUCAACUCUGUGGUCACCUAUGGGUUCAAACCAGGGGAGUCCCGAAGGGUCCUCUCAGGAACCAUCUUCUCCAGCUACACCUGAGAAGGGCAUGAUUGGAAUGUUUGAGAAGAUGAACCUUGACGAAAGAGGAAAUUCUAAACUCUGCUCCAAUAUUGAACUCUGCUCAUACCAAACUCUCAUUCAGGAACAAAUUCGAUCAAUUGAACUUUCUCGGCUUAACCAAGAUCAUGUUCUGUCUCCGAAAAGUCAAGGCCAGCCAAAAAAACAGAUUCAGCAAAUUCACAAGAAAGGUAAAGGGGGUGGUAAUGGACGGAGGACUCGUGAACCACAGCAGCAAACCGGUUCAGGCAUGCGGGCUGUUUUCCUUGAUGGACCCGGUUCAAGAGGUGGGACCGGGGUUUUCUUGCCUAGUGGGGGAACCAGUGCCCCGUACAAAUCAACCAACAAGCCAGGUAAAGGUUGUUCUACUGUUCUUAUACCAGCAAGAGUGGUACAGGCUUUGCAACUCCACUUUGAACAAAUGGCUGCCAAGUCUGGACCCAAAACUGGUGGCUUCCCCGCUCUCAAUGAUGUUCUAGUGAGUAACAGUGAUGGCAUGUAUUCACUUCAGAAGCGCAAAUCACAGAAAGCGCCAAAAAAUAUCCAGAGUGAGAUGAUUCUGCCUCAAGAGUGGACCUAUUAAACCCGAAGUGAAUUGAACUCCAGAGGCACAUGCAUUUGCAACUUGUCCUAUUUUGUACACACAUACACGCGUAAUAAUAAUAAACUUUUUUGGCAGUUUUUGUCCAAACUGAAGAAAGAAAAGGACGAAGUGGAAUAAUAAACCAGAAAAGGAACUCCCCUGCAUCCGAUUGGAUCAAUAUACAGAGGGAAUCUUUUUAGACUCAGUUCAGUGUCAAUACUAGUGAUUUAAUAAUAUGUCUUGCUUUGUAUUUUGCUUCUCCCUUAAGUUUGGUUUGGGGGUAUACGUAUAAGUUUGCGUACUCGUGACUCAUGAGUAGUGACAGAGGAAUAAAAAAUAAAAUAAAAUCUAGCAGAAUCUCUUUGAAUGGCUAAGGUAGAGUGUUGAAUCUAAACGGAGGAUGUCUUUUAAAAUCCUUUGUAAUAAUUCAGCUUAAGU